AUGAACGCUACGAAAACAACUCAUCCUCAGAAUUUACUGGCUGAUAAAAACUACGAUAAUUAUGAACUUUUUGCUCUGAAAAAGGUAUUUUUUAUAGAUUUCCAGUGAACAUUGAGAAAUAAGUAUUACCAUUACCAAGACCCCGUUUUUACUAGAGCGAAAGUUUUUGGAUUCAUCACGAAAUCGAAACGUUUUAGUACCGGAUUCAUGUUGCCGUUUACACACGCAGCGACGAAUCCGAUAGUAAAUCUUGUUGGUUUCGUGCCGAGUCCGGAAACUUUGAAACCGGAAAAGUUUGUGGGAACUUCGUAUCCGGAAACAUUCGAAUCCAGAGAAAACUCUCGUGUAAACGGUUUUCCGUAAAGAAUCCGAAUCAAUUUGUUCCGGUGUAUGGUCAAAACAUCGCAUAAUAUCACUAAGAGGGUUAAAACCAUACUUUAUAUUGGCCAUGGCUGUGUCAGGCUGUGUAGUGUAUAAACGCCUCACGGAUCCGUAUACUUACGAAAGACAAUUAUGAAUCUGUGUAAACGUUAUAUUACCUGAUAUAACAUAUACAACAUCUCAAAAACAAAAUUUGUUUUUCAUUUCACUUUUUUGCAGAAAAUAGAAAAACAAACACCGGUAAAACAUGAUGGUAAGAUGACUUGAACCAACUUUAUCUUAACAAACAUGUACAGAGUAAUUGUGUGAGGUCAGGUUAAGGUUAUAGGUUGAGGUCUGGUUAGGUUAAGUUCAGGUGAGGUUGAGGUUAGGUUAGUUAAGUUAGGUUAAGGUUUGGUUGAGGUUAGGUUAAGGUUAAUAAGUUGAGGUAAGCUUGAAGUUAGGUUGAGAUACGUAAUGAGGUUAAUAAGUGGAUAAUAGGUUGAAGUUAGGAUAGAGUUUAGGUUGAGUUCAGCAAAGAUUUAUUAAUUUACUUCUUCUUUCAGCGAAAAGUUGUGAUGACCUGUACAAAUCAAGCAAGACAACCACCGGGGUGUAUACAAUCGACCCAGAUGGCUUGGGAGCUUUUGCUGUUCGUUGCGAUAUGGAAACCACUCCAGGGCGGGGCUGGACUAUAUUCCAAAGACGUGUCGAUGGCUCUGAGGACUUUUACAGGAACUGGACUGACUACAAAACUGGAUUUGGCAAUCUGUCUGGUGAAUUUUGGCUUGGGUUGGACAAGAUUCAUCGUCUCUCAGCCAUUGGACAGAAUGUACUGAGAAUUGACCUCGAAACGUUUGAAGACGAGACAGCUUAUGCAAUUUAUGAAUCAUUUUCUGUGGGAAAUGAAAGUGAAGUUUAUAUUUUGAAUGUUGGGAACUACUCAGGUACUAAUAGAUAUAGUUAUAAAUUCCUUGAAUGCAUGUAUACAGAAAUAAUUCCGUCAAUCAGAUUGAAAUGCGUCCUUCGUAAUUGAUCGAUAUUCCCACUUAGAAUUUUCACAAUUGCAAGUGAAAUGGCUGCCGUACAGCGAAUGUGAGUGAUAUAUAUAUUGCUACUUUUCAACACGUUUCUCGUAAUUUUAUUACUCAGCAAUAUAUCGGAAACAUUUUCCAUCGAAAAUUUAGUAGUUUCAAACACAGAGAGCAGUGAAGUUUACAAUCAACAGCAAGUAUCAUGAGCGAAAGUUUUCGGAUUCAUCACGAAACCGAAACGUUUUAGUACCGCAUUCAUGUUGCCGUUUACACAAGCAGCGACGAAUCCGAUAGUAAAUCUUGUUGGUUUGGUGCGGUGUCCGGAAACUUUGAAUCCGGAAACGUUUGAGGGAACGUCGUAUCCGGAAACAUUCGAAUCCAGAGAAAACUCUCGUGUAAACGGCUUUCCGUAAAGAAUCCGAAUCAAUUUGUUCCGGUGUAUGGUCAAACCUUCUAGAAACCAUAAGGCUUUUGUUUAAGGUCCCUUGUUACAAUUCAAAUAAUAUAAUAUUAAUAAGUUAAUACCAGUCCAAUUAUUUUCAAAGAAAUUACGGUGAUAUCUGAUUUACAAUAAGGAAAGUGCGUAAAGAUAUAAUAGACUAUAACAACUAUUUGGCUUUUCACUUUGUGCUAAGAAUUCUACUUAUUUAAAUUUGACAGAAGAAAAUAUAUUUUCAUUGUCGAUUUAUAAAUAUUGGAAGAGAUCUAAUUUGCUUAUAUUGCGUCGGAAGAUUAUUCCACACAUUGAUGCCGUUAUUACAGAGCGUAUAAUUUGUUCUAGUACAACUUUUGUGGAGCAAUGAUGCGUUUCUUGUGUUAUAAUUAUGGAUUUCUUUGUUAGUUAAAAAAUAUUUAUUAAAAAUUUCUGGAAGAUUUUGUAGAUGAAAAUAUCGGAACAUAAAUAAACUUGUUAAAAAAUCAUUCAAUUUUUACAAGUUUAGUAUUAUAAGGUCAUUAAAAAUUGGUUCAGUAUGGUCAAAAUAGGAUUUGAAGGUCAUUAAUCUCACUAAGGCUUUUUCUGGAUAUUUACUAAUUUUUGAAUGUGAGAUUUGUAAGCGUUGUUUUAUAGUUUCGCUAUUUAUAGAAAUUUUUAAAUCACAUUUAGGUUUCUUAUUUUUUGAUCUGAAAGGAUCAGCAUGGUUUUCGCAGUGUUUAUAGAUAAUUUGUUAACAUUCAACCAAUCUGUAAUUUUGUUCAUUUCAACUUGAAUAAUUUCCUUUUAAGUUUUAAGACAAACAUCGCUAUACAGUAUGUUAGUGUCAUCGGCAAAAAAUAUAAUUGAAACCAAUUUACUGCAAUAUUGAAUAUCAUUUAUGCACAAGAGAAAUAAUACAGGACCUAAUACUGAUCCUUGUGGCACACCGCUUGUGAUUGUCAUUUCUUCAGAUUGUACUCCGUUAUAUUUUACAUAUUGCUUUCUAUUAUAUAGAUAAUUUUCAAACCAUUUUUUUGCUAUUCCUCGUAAACCAUAAUGUUCCAAUUUUCUUAUCAGGAUCUUGUAAUUAAUUGUGUCAAACGCUUUUGACAAAUCAAGGAAGAUACCAACUUCAUUUUAUCAACAAAAUCAAGUACAGCAAGUUCUGUUGACCUGUUGCGUCUGAAACCAUACUGAUGUUUUGAUAAUAACUCAACGCUUAAUAUAUUUACUGUAUAUAUGUGGUUUUGAGUGGCAAAGUAAGUGAACACAAAUCGGUUUUGUCGAGACGUGAUGUCAAAUUUGUGAACGUCAAAACGCCAGGCCUAAACUUUUCACUCCUAUAUACGCAUUUCUGGUACCACAUUCAUUUUAAAGCAUAUGGUCAGUACAUUUUCACUGAAACUACAGGAUAUGCUUUUUGUGUGUUUCUUACCAGAUUUUUUAGUUCUCGCAUUCGUAUUCAUCUUUUGGCAAUUCAAGUUUUGCAAGCCUAAAGGCCCUAGAAGUUUCCACUUCAGACCAUCGUCAUUGGCAGGAAAUAUUCGCGUGUUGUGUAUCAUUAAAAAACGUGACGUAUUUACAACAAUUUGAUAUAUAGGUACCGCUGGUGACUCCUUUAACUAUCAAAAUGGUAUGAAGUUCUCAACGAAAGAUGCUGAUCAUGACUAUGGAACCGGAAAUAUAGAAAAUUGUGCUCGAACGUUCCUCGGAGCUUGGUGGUAUAAAAACUGUCACUAUUCCAAUUUAAAUGGCUUCUAUUUUCAUGGCAACCACAGUUCUGCUGCUGAAGGCAUAAAUUGGUAUCACUGGAAAGGUCACUAUUACUCCAUGAAAAGGACAACGAUGAAAAUAAGAGGAACUUAA